AUGAAGCUCCUCAAUGAAGAAGAAAUCAGCGCCCACAAUGAAGCCCUUUUCAUUGGAGGGUUCAAAGGUGCCCUUGGAGGUCUUGCCGUCUCUACCUUGAUCUUUACCUUGGGUAAACAACGUUUCCCAGCCAUCGGCAGACUCCCUAUUGCUUUCAAAACCGCUCUCAAAAUUGCUCCUCCAACUUUCGGGAUCUCUGUUAUGGCAGAAUUGUCGUCGCAGGACUUUGACCGCAAGAUGUAUCACGACGACCCAAGAAUUGUCGAACGUCAUCUCCAAGAACUCCGUCGUUGGAAAUCCCUUAGUUGGAACGACAAGUUUGUCGAAUCUCUCAGUAACCACAAGUAUAAGGUGAUUGUCGGGGCAUGGGCCGCCUCCUUGUAUGGAUCCUGGGCUCUUGUCAAUCGUGAUCCAAUCAUGACCCAAACUCAAAAACUUGUCCAAGCCAGAGUCUACGCCCAAUUCUUGACCGUGGGGUUGUUGUUGGGGUCUAUUGGAUUGAGUGUCCAUGAAGAAAACUUGGAAAAAUCAAGAAACAUCAAGAAACAAAGCAAAGACGUUGAUGACACUUGGAAAGAUAUUGUUGAAGACGAAGAAAAGGCAGAAUUGGCCAGAGGUGAAUCUCUCAGACUUUCUGCUGAUGAAUUGGGGUACGCAGUUAAGGCUAAAAAAGCCACCAACAACUAG